AACGCAGUGAAAUGCAUCCGUUUCCUGCGAGGAAGUAAGUGAUUCUGGAUCUCUUCCACAGACUGCUAGGAUGGGUCUGACCUCGACCGAUAAAUAUAAUUUGGUACUUUUCGCUCUGGAAUUAGUUUCUUUUACUCAGACAGCAUGUGCUGGAGGAACAUGCGAAACUAUAUUUAAAGGUUUCUCCGACUGUCUGCUCAGUCUUGGAGAAAAUAUGAUAAACUAUACCCAAGAGCUGGACGACAGAGAAAACCUUCAGACCAUCUGCUCAUAUUGGGAUGACUUCCACUCUUGUGCCUCCACCGCAAUCGCAAACUGUCAAGAAGGAACAGACCUUUGGGAAAAACUGAAACUGCAGUCGCGGAGCUUGAACUAUCAGGGAAGCUUGUUUGAAUUAUGCUCAGGGAAUAAUGGAGUAUCUCUAGUUUUAUUACCUCUGGAACCGAAGAUACUGCUGAUGUGUUUCUCCACACUCAUGGCUUGGCUUGCUUUUGAGUAAUAAACACGAUCUGACCUGAAACAAGUUACUAAAUGGAUAUUAUGCACCCUUAUUUCUCUUGGAAUGAAGCUAUUCAUGUUUUGAUGUAAAGUAUGUGAUUUAUGAUCAAUAUAAGACAUCGUGGCACUCUUUUGAAAAAUAGGCGUUGAAGAAUUUCCUAAAUUUGGAUUCUUAGUAGAAACUGUUUUAAACAAUUUCUUUAAUUUGAAGUUAAAAUACAUGGUUAUGGUGUUCCUGUGUAAAAACAAUUAAUAUUCUGAAUCAAGGAGCAAUUAAUAGCAUGCUUUUAAACAAAAUAUUAUUAUUAUAAUCAUUAAAUGGUCAAAUUUAACAUCCUUUAAAUUAAAGACCAUCUGUUCAAAUAGAAAAAGCUGAUUUUUAUUUCUACACUAAUACUUUUAAGAUUAAAAUGCCAGUUUUCAAUACCAUCAAUUAUAGAGGUGUCUUUUCUGAUGUUGAAUCUGGAACAUAUGACGUUCAAAUCAAAUAAAUCAUGCAAUGUUUGUAUUAAGAGCCAUCAUUUUCUUGAAACUGCAAAUUCUGUUGUGUUUUGGUAUUCUAAUUCAUUUAAGUAGCUUAAAUAAGUAAAUUUAAAACUGUAAAAAGUAGGUAUUCAUUAAUUAACAAAUUUUACCACCGCAUAUUUUUAUAGAAAUUGUACAUAGGCUGUUUUUUGUAAGCUUAUAUAUGCCUUCAAAUAGCAUUAUGGGAUGUUUGUCUUUGCUUUAACAACUUUAGAUGUUCAAAACUGAACUUUGUAAUUUAGCAAAGAGACUUUUUAACAAAUGUGUAGUGUAAUUAUUCUGUAAUUACACAGAUUUAUUUAUUAGUGCAAGUUACUUUUGAUAAAAUGCAGUUAAAUACACACAAUCCCACACUCAGGAUGGUGUAAAAAGGCUGUAAAAGGUUUAUUAUUUAAUUAUUAUUCUACACUUAAAAUAAACCAACAUAAUAAUAAUAUGAAUGAGAAAUUCUGCAGUUUAUAAUCAAUAUAAAACCAUGUUUUUGCAUAUUAAUAAUUACUUGUGUUUCCAAUAAACAUGCCACGUUUCAUUUUGAUUCUCUUAAGAACCUUUAAAGAACCUUUCCUAAAAUAAAAUAUUUUUUCUUACUGAUAUUUUUCUUCCUCAUUGAUAAAAGUGUAUUAAUCUAAAGAGUUCUUUUUUACUUUAAAAACAUCCUUUUGCACAAAAGAAAGGUUCCCCAGAAUAUAUUCUCUAUAUAUGGUGCUAUCAAUGCCAAUAAAACACCUUUAUUUUUAUGAGUGUAUAUUUUUUCACAGAGGCUGAGCAGUUGCAUGUGUUUAUUUAAAGUUACAGAGCCUCCAGCGUUCCUCUUUAAUGACAGCAGAAACCUGAACAUCUGUCUAAAGCCAUGCACACACUAUAUAUUAAAAUGGAGGAAACAGGAUGGAAUAUAGGAGAAGUACAGAUGCUCUUUUUCCUGUGAAUCCCGGCCCUCAAAAUAGGACCACGGCCUGGUUAUUAACACGUGCAGUGCUGAGGGUCCGAAGCGUUCCCCAAAGGCAUUCAUUCACUCAAGCACAUCUGUCUUUUUGUUUGCUAGAGACUGAACAAAAUAACAUCAAAUCUCAUUCAGUCACCCUGAGAGUACAAUGUGCUGUACUGUAUGUGGGAUAUGUUGCGUGUGUGUGGAAAGUGGAAUAAGAGUUGCUUGAAUUAUUUAAUCAAUAUCGUUUGCAGUUUUUACAUGCAAAUGUCUUGUCUCUGCUCUGUCUAUGCAAAUUCCAGAGCAGAAAAUGUAAGCGACUCAUGAGUGUUUAAUUAUUUAAAGUCUCCUCUGGACUCGGGACAGCUUCAAAAACACAAUAAACCACUCAGUUUGGCAUGAA